AUGGCGUCGACAUCGAGCGAACCGUCGCACCCGGUGCUCUUCACAACCGAGACACCCUACCCUCUGCCGUCGCAAAAGUUCAUGAUCCCUGCAUCAUGGAAGCGAUACCAGCUUUCACAGCUCGUGAACAAGGCUCUCUCCCUUUCAAAACCUAUACCAUUUGACUUUCUUGUACGAGGAGAGAUCCUACGAGGGUCAUUGGGAGAAUGGUGCGCGGAGAAGGGGAUCGGUGAGGAAGAGACGUUAGAGAUUGAGUACUUUGAGUCGGUGAUGCCGCCGCAGAAAACGUCCAGCCUACCACAUGAAGACUGGGUAUCAGCCGUGUCGUGCCAACUACCAGGCCACUUCCUCACAGCAUCCUACGACGGGUUCCUCCGCGUCUUCGACUACUCCCAAAAGCUGCUGCACGCAUCCGCCGCACAUCAGGCACCCAUCACUUCCCUCUGCGUCGUGCCCGCUCCAUCCUCUUCCCCAUCUGCGUCCACGCAGCUGCUCAUAACGGGCUCACAUGACCUCACAGCACACCUCACGCAGCUGUCCAUUCCUGACUCCGGCCCCGAUGAAGAAGUGCAUACACGGACGCUCGCCUCACUGCACCUGCACACCGCGGCUGUCUCCUCUGUCUCCUCGAGCGCGUCGGGCUCGCACGUCCUUACAUCAUCCUGGGACACACUCAUCGGAGUGUGGGACACAUCGAUACCAACGAUUGACGAGGUCCCGUUGGAUGAAAGUGACCGCAAAAAGCGCAGGAAGGUCGACGAUGACGCACAGCGACCACGGCGCAAGGCGCCUCUUACAGUGCUAAAGAGCCACACAGCGCGAGUAUCGAAAGCCGUAUUUGACCACGGGGCCGGCGAGAAGGCGUACAGCUGCGGUUUCGACUCCACCGUACGGACGUGGGACGUCGAGAACGGCGUAUGCGCUCACACGAUCACCGCCUCGUCAAAACCCUUCCUCGACCUCGCACUCACACAAUCCGGGAACAGCGCUCUCGCAGCGUCCACCGAUCGCACCGUCUGCCAAUACGACUUGCGCGCGUCUACUACGUCCGCAAUCACGCCUUCCACUGCGACGCUCGCCCACCCGGCGACGCCCUCGUGCAUCGUCGUCCCUCCUCCGUCUUCGGAUUCAGGACCGGGCGCGGAGCACCAGCUGCUGACGGGCGCGUACGACGGCGUCGUGCGCCUCUGGGACUUGCGCAGCGUCAAGAGCGCGGUGACGAGCUUCAAAGCGUGGGAGCAGGCGAAGGCGGGAAGGAAGGUGCUUAGUGUCGACUGGGCGAGGGGCAUCGUGGGCGUUGGUGGCGAGGGAGGUGUAGAGGUAUGGCGGGUGGGACACGGAGAACGUGCGUUGCCUAGCUGA